CAUUUGAAGAAUAACAUAGGGGAUAAACUACAUUUGAAGUUCAACUACAUUCUCUUUUCAAAGUCACAUUGUCUCUUCAUCCUUCAAUUCAAUUUUCACCUUUGAAGACAAUCAUGACUCAUAUUGAAGAAGGAGAUUAUGCCAACACAGACACCACGGAACUCGAGGUGAAGUUUUGUUGGCAGACACUACAAGGAAAUAGGAAAGAAGUUGAGAAACUAUACGAAUUAGAUGUAAAAUUCAGCACAAUAAACAUUAACGAAAGUAGAGGGACAGCACUCCACGUGGCAGUAAACGAAGGCAAUCAAAGUGUUGUUGGAAGACUUGUUAAUUCAAUAUUAUUUUAUGGAAAUGUGGUAGCACUUAAAACGAAGAAUGAGAAAGGGGACACACCUUUGCACCUUGCAGCAUCACAAGGGUUUCAAGAAAUUUGUGAGUGUAUAAUUGGAAAAAAUGGUGAAAGGACCUAUUUGAAUUACAUUCAUAAUGAGAAAGGAGAGACGCCUUUGUUUCUUGCUUUACUUUCUUGGCAAAAAUAAACAUUUUUGUAUUUGUUCUCUUUUUAUGAGAUUAAUUGUGAUGAAGAAAAAUUGAAAGUUCUUAUUAGGAGCAAUGGAGAUAGUAUCUUUCACUGCGCCAUUCAAAAUGAAUUUUUCGGUAAGAUACAUAUUAUGAGUUUGAAUAUUAUUGAUUGAUAUAAAAUACAACAAUGAUAGAGUCUUUUAGAUUAAA